UCACCCAGUCUCCAAAGGGACGCAGCGUUGAUUGUUUGAGCAGCCAGGCGGUCAGUGUGCAUCCCAGGACGCAACAUCAGCGUAGCCGGGGCUCAACUUUCAGUUGAUCGCUUAAGUUCGGACGCUUUGGGGGAGAAAAAAAAAACAAAUAAUCAAGUAAAAUGGGUUGCUUUGAGUGCUGCAUCAAAUGCUUAGGCGGGGUGCCGUAUGCGUCGCUAGUGGCUACAAUCCUCUGCUUCUCUGGUGUUGCCCUGUUCUGUGGAUGUGGACAUGUGGCUCUCACUGGCACCGUGACCAUCCUGGAAACCCACUUCUCCAAGGUCACCAGUGACCACGCCAUGCUGACUGAUGUAAUACAGCUGAUGCAGUAUGUCAUCUAUGGAAUCGCUUCAUUUUUCUUCCUGUAUGGGAUCAUUCUGCUGGCUGAGGGCUUCUACACAACCAGUGCAGUCAAGGAACUGCACAGCGAGUUCAAGACCACCAUCUGUGGACGCUGCAUCAGUGGAAUGUUUGUGUUCCUCACAUACAUUCUGGGUGUGGCCUGGCUCGGUGUGUUUGGCUUCUCUGCCGUGCCGGUCUUCCUCUUCUACAACAUGUGGUCUACCUGUGCCACCAUGAGGUCUCCCAUGGCCAACCUCACCAACAUUGAUUCCAUCUGUGUGGAUGUUCGUCAGUACGGAAUUAUCCCCUGGAAUGCAACACCAGGGAAGGCCUGUGGAUCCACACUAGGUGACAUCUGCAACACGAGUGAGUUCUACCUGUCUUAUCACCUGUACAUCGUAGCGUGCGCUGGGGCAGGAGCUACUGUGAUCGCUCUGAUCCACUUCCUCAUGAUUCUCUCAGCAAACUGGGCCUACCUUAAGGAUGCCAGUCAAAUGCAUGCCUACCAAGACAUCAAAAUGAAGGAAGAGCGGGAGCUGCAGGACAUCACCUCACGUUCAAAGGAAUGCCUCAAUUCCUACACAUAAGGAUAUUACCCACUCACACUCACAAUUCAAACACCCACAUACAAACACACACGCACACCUAAAACCACAGACACUGUGGCCAACCACUGUGGCCUCAUUUGGACCAAGACGACGCUCACACUAAAAUAACCUGCCAACUGCUGUGAUGCUGUGCAGUACUAACCACGCUCCUAACAAACUAAUGCAUCAGUGCUGCUUUCUGCACUAACUCACCAGGAAGUGUUUUGGAACUGCUACUCCAAGUUUCAUUUAAGCUGUUUUUUUUUUUUCUCUGUGUCCAUGUAGACUGAUUUUCUCCAGCCCUUUAUUAUAGCCAGUUUUUGCUGGUGAAGCUUGAGACAUUGCACUAUUCUUAUAUGACAGUUUGUUUUACAGUCUUGCUCUGUCUUUCUUUUUGAGCUGUGGUGGCCAGUUUUCAACAAGGGAAUGUAAUCAAUCAGAAAUGCAGAUGAAUCAUACACAACAUGAAAAGCCUUACAUCCGAUCUGAGUUAGUGUGCCUCUUCUAGAUGGCAUCAAUUUUUCAUGUACUGACACGAGAAGGCAUCAUCAGAAGAUGCUGUCCUUUCACUUCACAGUGAUUCAUAAGGGGCAUUUUUAAACCUAGGCCCCAUGUUUACAUAUUUUGGUGUGUAAAUGACUCAUACUUACCAAAAGUUAUGAAGUUGGUCCAGAGGAUCGCCUCAGACUUGUAUCUUUGGUGAAACAGAAAAUGUUGAAUGUUCAAUCAAAAGGUCUAUUCCUGUAGGGAUCCUUUAGGUAAUGUUGUCAUACACAGUAACAAUUAAAAACACACACUUGUACUUGACAGGUGGAGUAGCCCCAGUCGAUUACUUUGUAGCCAUGCCCUCUGAAAUGAUCUACUGGACCAAUUCAAAAAACUUUCAUGUAAUUGAGUGAUUUUCACAGCAAAUAUGUAAACAGGGGGUCCAAGUUUAAAAAUGCCGGAAAUUUCUUUUAAUUAUAGUUAAAAUGUGAGUGUUAAAAUUGGUUCUAGAUUCUGAUUUUCAUUUUACAGCUACAUAAAAUUCACUCAAAAACAUGGAUGGCCUACAUUAACACUACCUCAGAUAUGCACUAGAGCCUAUGGAACAAUUAAACUGGAACAAACAGUAACUUCUUUCUUGUAAAACUGCAGUUGAAUGGUAAAAAAAAAAAGGAGCUCCUCUGCGUCACAGUAUCAUAGGAUUUUAUUUGUAUGCAUAAUGCCAUAGGAAUAACUUGCUUUCUAACUGUGAACUGCUGCCUAUAAUGCGACCAAUGUAUUUUCAACGUAUUUAAUAGCUUAAAAGUUUGGCCCAUGUGUAUUCAUUUAUGCAAAUGGUAAAAAAGACGAAGGCUUGCCAACAAAGAGAGCUCUCAGAUCCCUCAAAUGCUUUUUAGCCCAUUAUCUAUUGUAAUAAUCUGAUCAUAUAUUAUAUGAUCAUCAGUGUAACUUUGUCCCACGUGCAAUGGUACUAUGGAAAGACCUACAGAUCUAUGAACUUGAGUGUGAAAAAUGUAAACUUGUUACAGGUCAGGAUUUUUAGUGUUUUAUUUGUGACGAUGAAGCAACUUAAUUUUGUUCUUAAUUUUCUAUAAUUGCACCUGUUUUUGAUGUGCAAUGUCAUAAUGCCGAUAGUUACUCAUGUAAUCUUUUACGUCCACUAGUUCAGUUACAGGGAAAACUUUGUUUCUUUGUUGCAUGAAGAAAACUGUUUCUGCAGUGACAUGUGAAGUGCAGUCACGUAUACUGACAUCAGUAGUAGGCAGUGUUUGCCUGUUUCCUUUUUUUUCUAACUGAAUACGAAUUAUUCCAUUUUAUGUAGCUAAUUAGUUAUAGCAGUUUCUUAGAUUCUUUUAUUCAAGUCAAAAGUAUACGAGUAUUAUAUUAUUUUGUUGCUUGAUAGUAUACCUGUAUUUUCUAUGAAUGUCAAGGGCCUCUUUGUGAAUUGCUGAUGCUGAACUUUUAAUUCAACUUUCAAAUAAUAAUUAGUUCAAAUACUUGUCAGUUCUAAAAUUGAAUGGCAAUCCCAAUGGUCAAUUAGCCAAAGUAUGAAUGCCACUCUGACUCUGCUCAUUGUUUUACACAGUAUCUGUGAGACACUGUAGUACUAACCCUGCGUAGUUCUCUGCAGGACAAAUAGCCAAUAGGUGUAGAGUGGCCAAGGAGAAAGACGACAGGUGUACAUGAAGCAAACGUACAUCCUUUCUCGUCUUUGCAUGCUGUGUUUCCUGUUGAAUGAACCAAAAAGUAAAGACUACCAAUCAAUCACCAGGAGGACAACAAUCCAGCAUCCUGUCUGACUGGAAAUCCAUUUUAUGACAUUACUCAACUGGCCUGUUGACUGUUUUUAUGAAAAUUAAAAAAAAUAAAUAAAAUAAGACAAA